ACAAUUAUUAUGUAAUCGUAAUAAAUAAUAACACAAUGAAACAUAUUUUUAUCAUUUUGUGUAUAUUUAGUUAAUUUAAUAAUUUGAUAGAAAAGUUUAUUAUUUACUAAUUUAAAACUAAUUAUGAAAUCAACGAUCAGUUUAUUUGUUUUUGUGAUAUAUAUAGUGAUAAAUGUAUUGUUUGUUGUCAUUACUUCUUCUACUGAUUCAUCACAACUUAAACUUGUUUUUAUGAUUCACCGACACGGCGACCGCACACCCAUUCAGAGCUAUCCAACUGAUCCAUACGCUAACAGCAGCUAUUGGCCCGACGGUUGGGGACAAUUGACAACUAAAGGUAAGCAACGUAUGUAUGCAUUGGGAGAGUAUAUCCGCCGUCGAUAUCAAGAUUUUUUGACAAUUGAUCCGCGAGAAGUGUAUAUUAGGAGCUCCGGCUCUGAUCGAUGUCUUGAGAGUGCGGCGCUUGUGAUGGCAGGAAUGUAUAGACCUGAUGACAGAUGGAUAUGGGAUAACCAAUUAGGAAAACAAUGGCAACCAUUUGCCAUUCAGACAGUACCUCAUGAUAACGAUAGCAUGCUUAAUCCUGGCUCUCAUUGUGUGUCCGCCGAACAAGAAUUAUCAAGAAUUCGAGGUUCUUCUCAAUAUAUAUCAAUCACUCAGAAGAAAAAGGGUCUAUUGGAUUACGUGUCCAUUAACUCUGGUCGUAAUGUGACUGAUUUGGAUUCGGCCGAAAAGAUAUUUGAUGUCAUCGCUAUUGAACAACAAAAUGGCUAUAAACUUCCGCUUUGGAUCGAUACACCCACUUUUGAUGCAUUGAAAGAUAUCUCCGAUAUUACAUUUGUUUUAGACUUUUCUACACAUUUGAUUCAACGUUUAAGGACAGGAUUACUUCUUAAAGAUGUGAUAAAUCGGGCGAAAGAAGAAAUUUCUAAAAACAAAAACAAUACUCAUUCGUAUAAUUCAAUUAAGAAAAAAAUUUUCAUUUAUUCCACCCAUGACACACAAUUGGCAACUCUGAUGAAUGCAUUGCAUAAUUUUGACAAUAAAUCGCCUCCAUUUGGAUCGACAAUAUUGAUUGAGUUAAGACAAAGCAAUUCAAAUUAUACAUUCAAUUUCUAUUAUAUGAAUGACACAUAUUCUAAGCCUAUACCUCUUGGUCUACCAAACUGUACGGAUCAUCAAAAUGAAUGUUCUUUCACACAAUUUGUUGAAUCUGUAAAUGAUUUAAUUCCCGACGAUUGGGAUCAUGAGUGUCAUAAUACACACACAUCUUGUGAAUCAACUACAGUAAUGGCAUAUCUUUUUGGAUCUCUGAUGACUUUGGCAGUGAUAGCCAUUCUAUACAUUAUUUUUAUAAUAUUUAGACGAAAACCUAAUCAAAUAGCUUAUCAUAUGCUUCCAAAUAAAGCAGUUAUCAACUGAAGUUUAAAU